CGGCGCCAUUGCUGGAAGCGUUCCCGCCCUGCUCUGCGAGUGCCCUCAGUUGUCCUCAGUUGGGCCGCCAGCUAUGUCUUUGUGGUAGGACUCCACUCCUUCUACAGAGAUGAACAAAGAGGAACAGAUAAUGGCUGCUGUGGUUUCUUCAGUUGGACCUCUGAGUCCUGAAGUUUCCCAGCCAGAUGAAGAUCUUCAUCUCCGGGUAGAAGAACCAGAAUUGGUAAAGGAAUCAGUGACAUUUAAAGAUGUGGCUGUAGAUUUCACGUUGGAAGAGUGGAGGUUGAUGGACCCUCCACAGAGGGACCUGCACAAGGAUGUGAUGCUAGAGAACUACAGGAAUCUUGUCUCCCUGGGGCUUGCAGUUUCCAAACCAGACAUGAUAGCUCAUUUGGAGGAUGGAAAAGGACCAUGGGUGGUAGUGAGAGAAAUUUCAAGAAUCCCCUAUCCAGAGUUGGAGACCAAACCUGCAACCAAGAAUGCAAUAGUAAUAGAGGAUAUCUCUGAAGAUUUAUUACAGGAGACUAUAGUAGAGAAACUCACAGAGAAUGGUCUAUGGAACUCCAGAAUGGGAGGAUUAUGGAAAUGGAAUGGCAAGAUAUCAAGACUGCAAAAUAGUCAGGAGAGUCAGAGCCAGAGAAUAGUUAUACACAAGAAAAUUGCCACUGGUCAAAGAGGCUUUAGAUUUGGGUCUAUCGUUUUUCCAGAACCAGGAGUUAUCACAGAAGAGCCCCAUAGAAAAUGCCAUACACAUGAGGAAAAUUUCACAGAGAAUUUAGAUUUGAAUACAGAUACCCAUUUGGAGAAGAAAAAUUGCAAGGAUACAGAAGGCAGCAAAGCUGUAAGGCCUACUUCAGAACUUACUUUAGGGGAAAAAAACAGUAAUAAAGAAAAACGCUAUAAAUGUAGUACCUGUGAAAAGGCCUUUCGUUAUAGGUCAUUACUCAUUCAACAUCAGAGAACUCACACUAAAGAAAAACCUUAUGAAUGUAAUGAAUGUGGGAAAAUGUUCAGUCAGCCUUCAUAUCUUAGUCAACAUAAAAAAAUUCACACUGGAGAAAAACCCUAUAAAUGUAACGAAUGUGGAAAGACCUUUAUUGCUUCUUCAUCACUUAUGGUACAUCAGAGAAUUCAUACUAAGGAGAAACCUUAUCAGUGUAAUGUCUGUGGAAAAUCUUUUAGCCAGUGUGCCCGCCUUAAUCAGCACCAGAGAAUUCAAACUGGAGAGAAGCCCUAUAAGUGUAGUGAAUGUGGGAAAGCUUUUAGUGAUAAAUCAAAACUUGCACGACAUCAAGAAACUCACAAUGGAGAGAAACCCUACAAAUGUAAUGAUUGUGGAAAAGCCUUCAGGAAUAAAUCAUACCUUAGUGUACAUCAGAAGACCCAUACUGAGGAGAAACCAUAUAAAUGCAAUGAGUGUGGGAAAUCCUUCAAGAAUACCACAAUUUUUAACGUUCAUCAGAGAAUUCAUACUGGAGAGAAACCCUUUAGAUGUAAUGAAUGUGGAAAAGCCUAUAGAAGCAAUUCAAGCCUUAUUGUGCAUAUAAGAACUCAUACUGGGGAAAAACCCUAUGAAUGUAAUGAAUGUGGGAAAGCAUUCAAUCGUAUAGCAAAUUUCACAGAACAUCAGAGAAUUCACACAGGAGAAAAACCCUAUAAAUGUAAUGAAUGUGGGAAAGCAUUCAUUAAUUAUUCAUGCCUUACUGUACACCACAGAAUGCAUACAGGAGAGAAACCUUAUAAAUGUAAUGAAUGUGGAAAGGCCUUCAUGCGUUCCUCAUCUCUAAUUAUACAUCAACGAAUUCAUACUGAAGAGAAACCUUAUCUAUGUAAUGAAUGUGGGGAAUCUUUCAGAAUAAAAUCACACUUAACUGUACAUCAAAGGAUUCAUACUGGAGAGAAACCAUAUAAAUGUACUGACUGUGAGAGAGCAUUCACCAAAAUGGUAAAUCUCAAGGAGCAUCAGAAAAUUCAUACUGGAGUGAAACCCUAUAAGUGCUGUGAUUGUGGAAAAUCCUUCAGGACUAAGUCAUACCUUAUUGUACAUCAAAGGACCCAUACUGGAGAAAAACCAUAUAAAUGUAAUGAAUGUGAGAAAGCUUUCACUAAUACAUCACAGCUUACUGUGCAUCAAAGAAGGCAUACUGGAGAAAAACCCUAUAAAUGUAAUGAAUGUGGGAAAGUUUUCACAAGUAACUCAGGAUUUAAUACCCAUCAGAGAACACAUACUGGAGAGAAACCAUUUAAAUGUAAUGACUGUGGGAAAGCAUUUAGCCAGAUGGUACAUGUUACAGAACAUCAGAAAAUCCAUAGUGGAGAGAAACCCUAUAAAUGUGAUGUCUGUGGAAAAGCCUUUAGGAGGGGUUCAUACCUUACAGUGCAUUGGAGAACACAUACUGGAGAAAAACCCUAUACAUGUAAGGAAUGUGGAAAAGGUUGUAUUACUCUAUCACAGCUAACUCUACAUCAGAGAAUUCAUACUGGGGAGAAGCCCUAUAAAUGUGAAGAAUGUGGAAAAGCCUUCAGAACUAAUUCAGACUUUACUGUACAUCUGAGGAUGCAUACUGGAGAAAAGCCCUAUAAAUGUAAUGAAUGUGGAAAAGCCUUCAGGAGUAGCUCAAGCCUUACUGUACAUCAAAAAAUACAUCAAAGAGAAACUCAGUUAAUGUAGAGAAUAAUAAAUCAUUCAUCCAGAUGUCUACUCCACAAGAAGAAUAAUAAACUGUAUAUUUAAUGAAUGUGGGAAGACUUUCAGAAGAAAUUUGCCAAAAAAUACACCAUAAAAGACACUAUAAACAUGUAUGAGGAAAAGCAUUUAGUCAUAUUAAAUCUUAGAAGUUAUAAGAAAACUCACGAUAGAAUGAAAUGAACAAAUGAAAACUUUCAUCCAGAUUUCAUACAUUAUUCAUUUAACAAAUUAUUUUCAAUGAAUUGCCUAUAUAUUUUUUGUCUAUUUUUCUAUAGAUUUGUCUGUCUUAUAAAUCUGGAGGUGCUCUUUAUGUAUUUUAGGUAUUAAUCCUUUGUCAAGUGUGUUGCAGAUGUUUUUCUUAAUCUAGCAUUUGUCUUUAUACUUUUUUAUAUAGUAAAAGAAGUCACCACAUUUUUUUAAAAAAUUUUAUUUUAAAAUAUACCUUUUUUUUUUUUAAUUCUUUAUUUACUCUUUUAGUUAAAAGAGUCUCCUUAACCCCUGGUUUAUACGUAGUCUCCUAAAUCUGUUUCUAAGAUUUUGAUCAUUUUAUUUUUUACAUUGAAGUCUUUAACCCAUCUGGACUGGAGGGCUAUUGAUAGAAAAGCAACUCCAGAUGAUCACUAACCUGUGAAAAUAUUAUGAAUCUAAAUAGAACUCAGGGAAAUGCAAAUUAAAACAUCCAAUCAGAUCUCACUUUCACUUCAUGAAGUUAGCAAAUUUAGAGAUCUUUUGUUAGUGGGGUUUGAGAAACCAUGUACUCUUACCAAAAGGUUAUAUCAACUUUUAUUUCCACCAGCAGUCCAGAAAUACACAUUUAAUUCUUUUAAAAUUUUUUAAAUAAAACUUUUAAAAUGCUUUGACCCAGAAGUCUCACUUUUGGGAAUCUGUCCUACAUAAUUAACAGCAUCAAUGCAAAGAAUACACAGAAAUAAGGAUGUUUAUUGAAGUAUUGUUUGUAGAGGCAAAGAAGAAACCCAACUGGAGACAAAAUAAAUGGCCAUUAAUAGGUGAAUGGUUGGAUGAAUUGUGAUAUACCCUGGUAUAUGGAAUAGUAUAAGAGUAAUUUUUUAAAUGAAUUGUAUCUACACUAGUUGAUUUUAAGGUUUUUCCACAAUUUAUGACAAGUAAUUGCUUUAUUACAAAUAGGUAUAUGUACAAUAUUUCAUUUUUGUUAAAUGAUUAACCCAUUUAUGUAUUUAUGUGUAUUAUGUUAUUAGAUGAGCACAGAAACAAAUAUGGAAGAAUAUACACCAUACUGUUAAUAUUGGUUAAUUUGGAGGGAGGAGAAGAGAAGUUGGGAGAUAAGUAGGGGAAAAGACUGGGAAAAAAUAAAAAUGUAAGUGCAGCAUGUAUGGUAUAAAACUAUAUGUAAAACUAUAUAUUUGUGUGAACUUUUGAGACCCAUGAAUGAAAAUAGUCUCCAAAGCAUUAACGAUGGUUACUUCAGAGUUGGUGAAGUAUUAGAUAUUUUUUGUUUCUUUGACUUUUCUGCGCUUUUCCUAUACUUUUAAGUUUUUCUUUCUAAUAAGCAUGUAAUAUUUACAUAAACAGGAAAAAGCUAAUUUAUUGGACACCUGUUAUAUACCAGGAAUCACCCUAGGCACUGGAUGUACAUUGAUGGGGAAGGGUGGUCAUGGAUCUAAGAACUUGGGAAUUAGUUUUGAUGCUGCCUUGAUUCCAAAGAAGUUACCCAGCACCUUACUCCUCCCACCCUGUUUCAUUUGGAAAAGAUAAUAGAAAUUUCGUAUAGCUGGAAAACGUGUCCAAGAAUAUCUAGACUUGUAUCCAGGUUAUAGAGAAGACCACAAGCCUCAGAGAGAAGUUCCACUUUCAAGAUGGCGCAAAAGUAAAGGUCGUGGUAAAAAGUUCUGUGUAUAGCCUCACAGAACAUCGUGGAGUAUAGAGAGGGGAAAUAGCCAAGAACUCCCAAGUCCACAAUGAAAGCGUGGAAAUUCUGGGAAAACUAAGAGAGUCCUAGAAUCAGUGUGGGAAUCCAGAGGCUGUGGACCUGAUACCAGAAAGCUCUAACAGACCGUGGACCUGAUACCCAAAAAGGACAAGGCAUGAUGAGCUAUGCUUCAAUGGAGACUGAAGGAAAGAAAAUCAAAUACCCCUCUUACAGUGUAUACAAUAGACAAAUAUCUAUUUAAUAUUGGGAAGGAGAUGUUGCAUGAAUGACAUGAGCUAUCCCAUUAUAAAUGAAUAAUUUGACAUUGUUGUUGAAAUGACCAUUUCUGAUUGAAUUUUAAUAGUGAAAUUUAUUAACUUAACCAAGAGACUCGUCUUUUUUGGAUACAAUGUACUACUUCCUGAUCAGAAAGUUUGAGGGUUAGACCUUGAAAUACUACCCUUAAAAAACCCUGCUGUUGUUACAAAAUAGUCACAGGGAUAUAAAGUACAGUAUAGAAAAUAUAGUUAAUAAUAUUGUUACAGUUAUGUAUCUGUCAUGUGGGUACUAAAUUUAUUGGGAUCACCUAGUAACUUAUAUAGUCAUCUAACCUCUAUGCUGUACAUCGGAAACAUGAAUGUCAACUGUAAUUGGAAAAAAAAUUAAACCCUGCUGCUGUCAAACAGUUGACUUGACGAUGUCAACUCUAUUGGCUACUCCUUUCUACCUCCUAACUCUCACCACACCUAAACCCUGCCUCCGAUCCCUGUCUCAGAGCCAAGCAUUUCAAGAAGAGGAGCAUGAUCAGUAGGUUCAAAUGACUUAAAAACUGAAAAAUGUCCAUUGAAGAUACAGGCCACCUUUAACUACAGCAGUUUCAAUAGAGUGGUAAGGUGCAAAAGCCUGGUUCUAGUGUGUAAUUGCUAUCUCAGUAUAGGUAUAAUUUCCAUUUCCUUAGGGACUAAUAAUGUUUAGACCCCUUUUAGGUGUUUAUCAGCUUUUUCAAUAUCCCCUUGAGAAUUGCAUGUGCAAGACUUUUGCCCAUAUUUUUAUUGGAAACUCUUUUGUUCGUUUGUAGGUUUCCUUAAUAUUCUGUGUACAAGGUGUUUUUCAGAUACUUGCAUUACAACUA